CCUAAAAUACACUAAGUUGCACACACACUAGUCGAAGUGACGAACACCUUCUCUCUGAUUUUGCAAAAGAAAGAAAAACAGAGCCUUUCGAAAUCAUACUCUCUGCUUCUCGAUCCAAGAAAACCAAGUAUAGCUAACACCCUUCAAGAAGUUAAAUUCAAUCUUACUGCUUCCUCUCUAUGGCGGUUGAUCGAAUUUUCAAGAAUGAAGCUACUGAAGAGAAGGGUGAACGAGCCCGAAUGGCAUCUUUUGUUGGAGCCAUGGCGAUAGCUGACUUGGUGAAGACAACCUUAGGGCCUAAGGGAAUGGAUAAAAUAUUACAGUCAACUGGUAGAGGACAGAGUGUCACAGUGACUAACGAUGGUGCCACUAUCUUAAAGUCCCUUCAUAUUGAUAACCCUGCUGCUAAGGUUCUCAUUGACAUCUCAAAAGUGCAAGAUGAUGAAGUGGGUGAUGGGACUACUUCAGUGGUUGUUUUGGCUGGGGAACUUCUAAGGGAGGCUGAGAAGUUGGUAGCCACUAAGAUUCAUCCAAUGACAAUUAUAUCAGGUUACCGUAUGGCUGCUGACUGUGCUCGAAGUGCAUUGUUGGAAAGGGUCAAGGAUAACAAAGAAGAUGCAGAGAAAUUUAGGUCAGACUUAAUGAAGAUUGCAAUGACCACAUUGAGCUCUAAAAUUCUUUCACAGGAUAAGGAACAUUUUGCAACCUUGGCAGUCGAUGCUGUCAUGAGGCUAAAAGGUAGCACAAACUUGGAGUCAAUUCAGAUUAUCAAGAAGGCUGGAGGGUCACUAAAGGAUUCCUUUUUGGAUGAGGGAUUUAUUUUAGACAAAAAGAUUGGUCUUGGGCAACCAAAACGGAUAGAAAAUGCAAAUAUAUUGGUUGCAAACACGGCUAUGGAUACUGAUAAAGUCAAAAUUUAUGGAGCACGAGUUCGUGUUGACUCAAUGGCCAAGGUUGCUCAGAUUGAAGGGGCUGAAAAAGAUAAAAUGAGAGAGAAAGUUCAAAAGAUCAUUGGUCAUGGAAUUAACUGCUUUGUGAACAGACAGUUGAUCUACAAUUUCCCAGAGGAGUUGUUUGCUGAUGCUGGUAUUCUUGCUAUAGAACAUGCUGAUUUUGAUGGAAUUGAGCGUCUGGCUUUAGUUACUGGCGGUGAAAUUGCAUCAACUUUUGAUAAUCCAGAGUCUGUUAAACUUGGGCACUGCAAGCUCAUUGAAGAAAUUAUGAUUGGUGAGGAUAAAUUGAUCCACUUUUCAGGUGUUGAAAUGGGUCAGGCCUGUACCAUUGUUUUGAGAGGCGCAAGUUUUCAUGUUCUUGAUGAAGCGGAAAGAUCCUUGCAUGAUGCCUUAUGUGUGCUCUCUCAGACUGUAAAUGAUAGCAGGGUUCUUCUUGGUGGUGGAUGGCCAGAGAUGAUCAUGGCAAAGGCAGUUGAUGAGCUGGCCAGAAAGACACCUGGGAAAAAAUCUCAUGCUAUUGAUGCUUUCUCACGGGCUCUGCUCGCAAUCCCAACAACUAUUGCUGACAAUGCUGGAUUAGACAGUGCUGAAUUGAUCGCCCAACUUCGUGCUGAGCACCACAAAGAGAGCAGCAAUGCUGGGAUCGAUGUGAUUACUGGCUCUGUUGGUGAUAUGUCUGAGCUUGGAAUAUCAGAGGCAUUCAAGGUGAAACAGGCUGUAUUGCUUUCUGCAACAGAGGCUGCAGAAAUGAUUCUGAGAGUCGAUGAGAUCAUUACAUGUGCCCCAAGGAGGAGAGAGGAUAGAAUGUGAAGAUGAAGAUGAUGCGGUAGGGGGCGUGGAUUGUUAUGAGAUUUUGUCUAAAACAUAUUUGUUUAUGUACUUGUCGAGUAUUACUAUGUGACACUGAAUUGAUGCUAGAAGUUAGGAAUGUUUUAUGGUUUUUGGUUUUGUCAUUGUACAACUUAGGUGGAUUCAUUAAGCUUCUACUUAAUGAAAGUUUUUGGUUCCAAGUUUUGUUUAA